AUGAACUACCUAAAUUUCGUAUGUUUAUUUUUCAUGUUAAGUUGUAGUGAAUCACCACUUCUUCAGGCAGAAACUGGGUUUCAAAGAUUUACUUUAAUGGCAAAAAAGGCGUAUUUGGAUGCUGUUCAGCAAGGCAGGCAUUAUGUAGGACUUUUACAAGAUAAAUGUUUUUUGGCUAAAGAUUACUUAAUGGAGAAAUUUAAAAAUCUUAGAAAAAGAGGAGAACCAGUUUUUGUAGGUGAAAAUAAUGAUGAUAAUUUUACUGAAGAAGAAAUGAAGGAGAUGUUUGAGAAAUUAUUUAAAGAGAUGAAAUUCGGAGCAUUUAAGGAACAAAAGAAUGAGGAUAGUAAGAUUGAAGAAGAUGCAAAAGAAGAGGAAGCUCAAAAUGAAGAAAUUGAGAAGCCUUUAUAA